UGAGAAACCAGCUUGUACCAUCCGUGACGGGAACGCCUCGCACGGAGCCCGCCACGCCACGCCGAGCAUCUCGUGCGGUUCGAGCAACGAGGCGCGUUCGCCGUUCGCUGCUGCGUUGGAUGCGAUGUUUGGCGUUGUGCAGCCGUACCGCUGAUUGGUUCUUUCCUCCUUGAACACGCUCUGUAAUUACCGCAGCGCAGCCGCCCCGCCCCGCCUUCCCCGCCCGGCGAUGGCUCGCAGGGCGCUCCGGGAGCCGCUCGCGGUGCCGGGCGGCCGCGCUCCCUCAGUCAAAGCUGGAGGUGUGAGAGUGUCUAAAAAGCAAGAAGCCAUACCUGCUGGGAGAAACGCUGGGCCCAAGGGAAGGGACAAGACAAGUAUUGUCAGUAUUUCAAAAAUGCAUCAGACGGACGUCGUGCUGCGCAAAAUAAGCCACGAUAUCCCUGCAGCAGCGUUACAAGUUGCUCACCAAAAGCCACUGCCUUCCUUGGAGAAGUUCAUGCUGCCUAAAAGAAUUUAUAUUAUUCAACAGCCACGGAAAUGUUAAGACAUGCCUUAAAGAAAACCAAAAAAAACCAAAAAACCCACUACGUUCACUUUGAAGCAAAUUUCUAUUCUAAUUAGCACGUAGCACACGGGUAAAAGGAUCAAAAGCUUGGCUGCCUUGUUACCUCACUGCAUUUCUGUUGGUGACAAUAAAAUACUUUAUAAAGAGUUACUUGGGUUGUAUUAAAAUAUCAUGGCUCUGUCUAAUCUGAUUUUACUGGUGUUCAAUAAUUGCUUGGUGCUGAGAAUCCAGCAGCCUUACCUGCCCUGUGAGUUUUCACUGAAAACUGCAUUUCCUCUUUUCAGUAGUAUUUUCUGUUUUGUUUUUUCCAUGUAGUGAUAGCAAAGCUGAAGUGAAUGUGAUCCUAAGGGAAGUCACAGCUGAAAGCCAUGUUCCCUGAUAGAGUUUACAUCAACUGUAAAUGAUCUCAAAUGCUGCUUAAAAGCCAGACUGCCCAACAUGUUGACCUCGAUGUUUGAAUGAUUUAGGCUGAGGGGUUCCAUACUGAUUUUUGUUUCAAGUUCAUUGCUAGCUUAGGAAACUUCAGAAAGAAGUGUCCUUGAGCCUUGCCUGCUUAUACAUCAGCAGAGAUAAUAAAAUAGUCCAAGUCCUUCAGAGGAUAACUGUCGUCUGCUGCUGCUUGGUUGGGCUCAGCCUUUUAUUG